AUGGAUCGUAGCACUACCUAUUUUUCCGUAGUUCUCGCUUCAUUUUUGGCUUUCUGCAGUGCUGAUGGCAAUGGAACAAUACCUGCAAUAAUCUGGCAUGGAAUGGGUUAGUUUACAAGGCUGCAUAUAAUGAAAUGAUCCUUAGCAGAAAAAUAUUUUUAAGUGGCAAUUUGCAGGCCUGUGGUGACGUGAAUUUCGCUUUCGGCAUGAUAGCCAGUUGCCUCGACCGACUGUUCGAUUGUUUUAAUUGAAAGGAAAAGGAUAGAAGUUAAUUUUUACUUCGUAAAAGGAAGGUGAUUAUGUUUGUUUUUGCGAAAUGCUCAUUGUCGUUCCGUGGCAGGGAAGGUCAAAGGAAUUUAAUUUCGUUCUUCUUGCUCGUUGCGUUGUUGAAAAUAUUCAGUCGUCACCCGUGAAUAGCUAAAGAUUUGGUUUAUUCAAUGUGCUCAACACACUCUAAGAGCCAGUGUUUUGCAUUUAGUGACAUGUGUAGCAGUGACAUAACACUUCAAACAAAUUAUUUCUGAGGAAUCUUUGUCUUUGUUCUUAUUUGCUAUCUCGAGCAUGCGCAUGGAAAUCAAUUGUUGGCCUUAAGUGUGCAAUAUUUAACAAAUAGAUUCCAAGUUGCUGUGCGUCUGUUCAGUAAUAGGUCACAGAUGACGUCAAAAUGUGGCAGGAACAAAAAAGUGGCACACGAGGCGCAGCCGAGUGUGUCACUGAUGUUCUUACCACAUUUUGACAUCCUCUGUGAUCUAUUACUGAACAGACGCACGGCAACUUGGAAUCUAUUUGUUUUAUAUAAUAAAGAAUUAAAAAAAAGUUUUAAUGAUGAUGUCAUCUAUACGCCUGUCCUCCAAUAGAUCAUAAGUGAGAACCAAUCAAGACGCGUGCAUAACUGAGCUUAUUAUAUAAAAUGCAACACUCAAAUAGAGGGAAUUUACCUUCAUGUAACAAAUCUGAAUCUGAGACUGAAUCUUUCACUACAGGUCAAUAUUUUAAACUUCCUCACCCCUCCCCUUUCAAAGUCAUAGGCAGAAAUUUAAGUGAAAGGAAGCACUGCUUACAGCAUUUAAAAAUCCAUUGAUGGAGUUCUCUUGUUCAUCAAAAGGGGUGAAUUCUGUCAUAGAUUCAUAUAGUUUUGUAUGAUCUCAUUGAAGAUGCAAUGCAAUAUACAAUAGGCAGUAAUUUUGAAAAUCCAGACUUGACACUUCACUGUACAAUACAAGUAAAUUUGCCAACUUAUGCUGAUUUUUUUGCACGCAGGUGAUUCAUGCUGUAACCCCCUGAGCAUGGGAUCAAUCAAGACAAUGCUGGAAAAUAAAAUUCCUGGUAUUUAUGUACGGUCGUUGAUGAUUGGAGAUUCAGUCAUACAGGUAAGGUCAUGUUUAAAAAAAAAAUCAGUUUUCUUUCACCAUCUUCCUUGGCAUGCAAACCUUAAAUGGAAACUAGAUAAAGUUAACAGGACCACAGUACAGUGUUGAACAAAUGAACACAGCAGAGAGAAACUCAAGGCAAUCAACAGUCAUUCAAUACAGCUUAACUAAAUGUUUUUAUCACUGAAAAUACAAUACUCAUUGAAUUAAGCAAUGGCCAUGGCACAGUAGAAGAAACAAUCAGCUUGCUGAUACAUACUAUACACACAAACAGGUUCAAGAAUAGGCGCGUGUGCUCUCUUGUCAACACCAGCAUGCAUGUGAUUUUAUAUGUGUACUUAAUGCAUUUUACAGGCAUAUUUAGUCUCUUUAUCAUUGACCUGCACAGUAUUUCUCAAAGAAAUCUUUUUUAUCAAUAACUUGGCUGUGACAACAACUGCACUUAAAAGUGAUGUUUCUCUUGUUUCAGGACACUGAGAAUGGCUUCUUCAUGAAUGUUAAUGACCAGGUACUUUGUAAUUUUUACAGUUCAUUUUUAGUUCCAGCUCAUUCAGUUGCAACAUUUAUUGAAUGAUGCAUAAAUUGCCAAAAUUUCUUGAACAAACUUUUUAUACAAUGUUUUACUCAGAAACUGGUUCUACUUAGCUUCUAUUUAAAAUGACUGUUUGCCUCAUUUUGUAUUUAUGGUGCAAUCAGGAUUUGCAUUUUGUUAAAAUAUUGUAGUAGGAUUGACUGUUUUCUUAGCUAGAGUUUUUUCACUGUUUAUAGUUGUGUUUCCUCUCACUUCCUUUUUUUCUGUGUGAAUGUAAUCGCCAAUCAUAGAUUUGGUGCAAAAUAUUUUCUCAAGGAGAAGAGACUAGGGGCACUAGUCAACAGAGGGAGAGAGAAACAAUGAUGAUAAUGAGCAAUAAUAUUAUUCCUUUACAUCCUAGCAUCAGUAUCCAUAUUCUCCCCACUGUUCUCUAUACACUUUCUUUGGUACUGACAAGGAGAAUUUGUUUAACAAUCAAUGCUUUAAUGAACGAUUAAUGUAAGGAGAACGGAGAUGCUGAUAACUUUUAGAGCCAGUUUAAAGGGUUACUGGAUAGAAGGCAGUAAGGAACCAAAAGGAUUGGUAGACCUAAUUUUUGGUUUAUUAUUUAACUACAACACUGCCUGAAAUUGAAGUUUUCCUCACAGGUCAAACAGGUUUGCAACAAAGUUGCUAAUGAUCCAAAGCUGAAAAAUGGAUACAAUGCACUGGGGUUUUCACAAGGAGGACAGUUCUUGUAAGUACAAGUGCUCAUAAACUAUUUUCUUUUAUUGCACCCUACAGUGGAUAUUUAAUUAAUGUCAUAUCUUUGCUGCCUAGAGUCUAUGGUUGUAAUUUUGUCCAAGUGAUUCCUUAAACAAAAUCAUUUUCUAUUGUAAAGGUUGCAGAAGGUGGAGUUGUAAAUUUACAUCAGUCACAUGAAUCAAAGAUUUUGUCAGCAUCAAACAUGCAUGUCUGUUCUUAAAAAUUGGCAGAUUAAUGCCCAUAAUUUCUUUAGUUUCAUCACUUUUCUGCUUGUUUUUGUUUCUUUUUGUUUUGUUUUUCUAAGGCGUGCUGUUGCUCAGAGAUGCCCUAACCCUCCCAUGCUGAAUUUGAUAAGCUUUGGUGGACAGCACCAAGGUGAGAAACUCGCGUUUAACAAAUGUUGUUUAACUCUUCAUUAAUUUUAGAAACAAGUGAAAUUCAUUUCUUGACCUUUCACUCUUUGUGUGUAGGUGUUUUUGGAUUUCCUCAUUGCCCUGGGGAAAAUUCCACCAUUUGCUCUGUGCUCAGAAAGUUACUUAACUAUGGGGCAUAUAAUCCGUGAGUUAACCUUUAUACUUGAUUGUUCUUGUGCUCAUUUUGUUCUGUCAGUUUUAUUUAGCAUCACUUGGGAACACUGACUCCAGAGAAAGAACUUGCAAGAAAUGUUCAUGUAUUCAAGUAGAAGGUUUAAAUUUGUCUUUUUCAAACUGUUUCUCUGAAUUGUCACUGAAUGAUUAUCCCUUUCACUGUCAACAUCAAAACUUCGGAUCAAUAUCAGUAUCCGGGCAACUGCCCACCUACCCCUCCCCUAACUCAGCAACAGUCAAUUGACAACAAGUUAAGGUUGAUGUUGGGUUAGGGGAGGGGUAGGUGGGCAGUUGCUCAGAUGCUAAUAUUGAUUCAAAAAUUCAAUUCUCUCCACUUCCUUCUUCCUUAAAUUUCAUAACAUUUCAGCUCUGAGAAAAUGUUAUUCAAUCAAAUGAUAUCCCUAGGUUGUUGUUUUUGUUUCUUUUAUCACCUAUCUGCCUGAAAAUGAAGUUAUGUUUUAUAAGAAAAAUUACUUUCUAUUGCCACCUGGAUGUGGAAGGGGUUUGAACCAUACCAUAGAAAAUGCAACCGGCUAGAAUACAUGAAAGCCUCUAUAUUUUGUGCUGAAGAAGGUGAUUAUGUAUAUUUGAUAAGUUACAGAUCUUAUUUGUAUUAUUUAUUGUCCAUUUCCUUAUUUUUUCCCUUUUCUCCAUUCCUUUACAGAUGGAUUCAAAAGAAGUAAGUAUUUUCUCUAAGUCAUUAAUAUUAUUAUCAAGAUUUCAGUGAGAGUUCACAGCUGAAAGAACACUAAGAACUUCAAGAUUUUUUAUUUGUGUCUGAUUUGCUGGGAAGAAGUGCAUUUUGACAAAGGACUGAUGCUCAAAACAUCAGCUUUGAAACUCUUUAUGGUGGCCAAUUUAUGUGAUCAACUCAGUUGAAAAUACAUAAUUAUCCUGUUAUACUCUCUCACUAAGGCAGCACUACAGUUUUUUUCAGAAACGUACCCCCUUUAUUUAUUUGUGUCAUUUUUUAGCCUUGUUCAAGCAGAGUACUGGCAUGACCCUCUGAACGAGGAAGAGUACAGAGAGAAAAGUGUGUUCCUGGCUGAUAUAAACCAAGAAAAGGUGAAUAGAUUCAAUCAUGGUUUUUAAAAUCAAAACUACAGCCUCUACCUGAUAAGUUUGAGUACUGUCUUAACCUCAUUGCUGGGUAAUACAUGGAUAUUAUAGGGAAAGGUUAAUACACGUUAAUUACUUCUGAGAGUUAAACCCUUUAACUACCAAGAUCUCAUCAGUAAUUCUCCUUACUGUCUCCCAUACAUUUCUUGUGAUGUUAGUUUGGAGAAUUUGGUAUUGGAUCAACUUAUAAUCUCCUGACUGAUAUUUUUCUUUAUUCUCAUCACUUGUCUGCUUGAUAUUGUAUUGAUAUUGUAAGGAGAAAUUCUGUCUUGGUCACUCAUGGGAGUUAAAGGUUUAAGAGUUAUAUCAUCCAUAGUGAAAAGGAUUUCAGUUGAAUAUUGUAUGUUUGGUAUGGUAUGCUGUUUCAGAGGAAAUUACCUUUUAUUGAUUUCAUCUGAGAAAUGGGUCCUAUUAUUAAAAUUAACAGGAGAAGAUUCCUCAGUAUAAAGAGAACCUGAUGAAAUUAAAGAACUUUGUGAUGGUCAUGUUUGGCAAAGACACCAUGGUUGAUCCCAAGGAAUCUGAGGUAUGAGCUACUUCCAUGAAGAUAGGGAUUCUAAGGGGGAUGAAGUGAUCUCUCUUGAAACCCAUAGGCUAACUGAUUUUAAUUUUUACAUACCUUUCUUCUGUAAUUGGAAUGUGAUGGUGUUUCUUAUUUUUCAAAGUUUUGUAUCAACCUUAGAAAAGAUCAGUAAAACUAGUAAAGACAACAGUUCAAAAUAACAGUUCUUUGAGUCAAAUUACUCUCAUCAGUUAUGUUUACAAUCAAUUGCAGAACAGGUUCUUAAAGAGCUAUUUAUAUCUUCUUUUUCCUUAUUGCCCUGACAAUGUUGCUUUUUUUUAACUCUCUAGUGGUUUGGUUUCUAUAAGCCUGGUCAGGGUGUGGAGAAAUAUACUCUGCAAGAGAGUCCAUUGUACCAAGAGGUGGGCAACUCUGCUCUUUUUUAAAAUAAUCAUAUUGAGGGUCUACAGGUAGAUACGAGUCAUGUUAGCAUCUUCCAAGUUUGGAAAAGUACCUACUUCAAAGGGUGGGGGGGAAGAGGUGGGUCUAGAGUGAAGAAAGCAACUUAAAUGUGCAAAAUUUUUCUUAUUCACAAUUAACUGUCGAAUUGUAUUGAGAAAAAUAGAGACAAGUCUGUUUGAAUGGAAGUUUUCACCAAUUAAAACUGUCUCAUCAAGGUUGCAAGAAUGGAACAAGACAACUUUUUCAUCCUGACCACUUUUUGAAUGUCAAAUAAAACAGAAAAUACAUUUGACCAUUUUCAAUUCUACUCAGACUGUGACUGUGAUUGUGAAAUAUUUUCUAUAAAUUAUGUUUCCUUUCUUAUUGUAGGAUUGGCUUGGACUAAAGCAAAUGGACAAAGACAACAAACUCCAUUUCCUAACUGCAGAUGGGGAUCACCUGCAAUUUACUGAAGAGUUUUUUAAUAAACAGAUCAUACCAUUUUUGAAGUAAAUUCACAAGAUGGUUAAAGAAGCUCUACACUCUGUUGUUUGAACAGUUAAUGAUUUUUCAUCAGACAAUCAUAUGACUGUUGACUGUUUAGCCCUUAUUGUUUGAAAAAGUAUUGAUUAAUGAUGGUUAGAUGACAGAGUGUUUGUAAAUGCGUGACUGAGUAUUUUACAUUUUUGUAGAAUGAUUUUUUGAUACUUUGAUAGCACUGGAGAUCACAUACAGACUAGUGUAAGUUAAAUGAAUAAAGGGGUAAGUUUCUAAAGAAACUGUGGUGCUGCGUCGGUGGGAGAGUAUAGCAGGUAAUUUAGUGUUAACAACUGGGUUGAAAACAUAAAUUAGCCACUGUAAAGGGUAAAAAAGCUGACGUUUCGAGCGUUAGCCCUUUGUCAGAGCGACUGGACGAAGGGCUAACGACUCUGACGAAGGGCUAACGCUCGAAACGUCAGCUUUUUUACCCUUUACGGUGGCUAAUUUACGUUUUCAACCUAUUUGUUAACACUAAAUUACCUGCUUGUGUAUGUUACUUGUGAAAUUUAAAGUAGAAAGGAACAAUAGUGUCAAAAAUCAAAACUAAGAUACAUCAAAAUUUUAUUUCUAUAUUAACUAAAUACUUCAACUUUAAAUAAUACAAUAGCAAAUUAAGGAACAAUUUUGCCAAAUCUUGUUCAAAAUAAAUACCUUUGCUUUGGUUUGUUUUAAUGUAAUUUAUUCAAUGCAGUUUUAUCUUAUAAUAUUACUAUUUCUAGAGCCUUAUUGCCUGUAAUUAAAACCUGU